UGGGUUGUUUUGCGCCUUUCUUUCCCCGCGCUUUCAGUGCGUAAAAACCGAACAGGUCGUUGGAUUUCUGUGUGGCUGAGGCGUUCAGGUCACAGAGUCCUAUUUGAUAUUUUCUUCUUUUGAUUGCUGAACUGUGUAGAUUAAAAGUUUCACCAGAGAGUAUGAGAAAGACGAAUGGAAAAGAGGGGAGGUGGAGAGAGAGGAGGAGGCGCGUAAAGGAGGGUUUGGGAGGCGGCGAGUCGCUGUGAAAGCGCGGGCACAGACAGCAGCUGAUAUAAACGGGCUGCCCUUCACUCAGGGGCUAUCAGGGGUUACGACAACAGUGCUACCUCUGCCACCGAGCCGCGCUUCAAAGAGACAGCGGUGCGCGCAGCGGCUGCGCAUGUAGAGCGCGCGCUCGGGCGCUCGGGCGGGCGGGCGGUCAUGGAGAGCUGCCGCUGUCGGGGGGCCAGCGGCCGAAGCAGCAACAGCAUCCUCUACAGCAUUCUGAAGAACGAUGGCGCGGAGGAGCCUCGCGCGCUGCAGCACCUGCUGCAGAAGACCCCCUCCUCCUGCGCGCCGAGCGCGCUGCUCGACCUGCACACGCAGGCGUGCUCCUGCGGCUCCACGCGCCGCCGCGGCGUCCUGCGCUCCCCGCAGGUCACCUGCAAAGCCGCGUCCGCCGUGCUGGUGAAGACGCUGCGCUUCGUCAAGAACGUGCCCUGCUUCCGCGAGCUGCCCGAGGACGACCAGCUGCUGCUCAUCCGGAGCGGCUGGGCUCCCCUGCUGGUGCUGGGACUCGCGCAGGACCGCGUGGACUUUGAGACCACAGAGACCGUGGAGCCCAGCAUGCUGCAGCGCAUCCUCACCGGCCUACCGCACCGGCAGAGCGAGACUCAGCCCGGCCUGAGCCGGACGGCGCCUGGGGUCUCUGUGGUGGACAUCGAGGCCAUCAGAGCCUUCUUGAAGAAGUGCUGGAGCGUGGACAUCAGCACGAAGGAGUACGCGUAUCUGAAGGGAGCAGUGCUGUUCAACCCAGAUCUCCAGGGAUUGAGGUGUCAGCACUACAUCCAGUCGCUGCGUCGAGAGGCGCACGAGGCUCUGAACGAGCACGUCAGGCUGGUCCAGCGGGAGGACACGACGCGCUUCGCCAAGCUGCUGAUCGCGCUGUCCAUGCUGAGGGCCAUCAGCCCGCCGGUGGUCGCCCAGCUCUUCUUCAGACCCAUGAUCGGGACGGUGAACAUCGAGGAGGUGCUCAUGGAGAUGUUCUACGGAAAGUAGCCUGCAGGUCCAGCUAAAGCGCGAAGGACUCGAUGAGUACAGAUGUUUAAAGACGGUGGACUUUUUUCUUGUUUUUUAUAGACAAACAAGCAUGUGUGCGUGCGCGUGUGAGAAUGAAAAGAUGUGUGAUGAAGGCAAGAGAUGGUAUAACAGAGGAAACAUACAGAGCAGCUGAUGGAACUCGUAAAUUAUUUGUUUUUAUAUAAACUAUUUUUCUAAACAUGA